UCUGUGCCUCUGCAGGUUCUUAAUCUCUGCCUCAGUUGCCUCUAUAAAACGGGAGUAUUUGGUAAUCCAUCUCAUAAGGUUGUUGAGAGGAUUAAGUGCCUAAAUACUUAGCGCAUCGAACAAUGCCUGGCACUUAAUGGUUCAAUGUAUAUCUUCUGUGUCUCUGGAGACUUUAUCAAAGUUUUUAGCACAACUACAGAAGAAUGUGUACACAUAUUGCAAGGGCAUAGAAAUCUGGUAACUGGAAUCCAGCUCAACCCCAGCAACCAUCUACAGCUAUAUUCUUGUUCCUUUGAUGGCACGGUUAAACUGUGGGACUAUGUAGAUGGCAUUCUGAUAAAGACUUUCAUAGUUGGAUGUAAACUCCAUGCCCUCUUUACUCUUACGUAUACUGAGGAUUCUGUCUUUGUUAUAAUAAAUAAAGAAAAACCAGAUGUGUUUCAGCUGGUUUCAGUGAAACUACCAAAAUCAUCAAGUCAGGAAGUGGAAGCUAAGGAGCUUUCCAUUGUUUUGGAUUACAUAAACCAGUCACCCAAGUGCAUUGCCUUUGGAAAUGAGGGAGAAUAUGUUGCUGCAGUACGGGACUUUUACUUGUCUGUUUAUUUUUUCAAAAAGAAAACAACAUCAAGAUUUACUUUAUCAUCAUCCAAAAGUAAGAAACAUGCUAAGAACAAUUUUACAUGUGUAGCAUGUCACCCAAAGGAAGAUUGCAUAGCAACUGGUCACCAGGAUGGCAAAAUUCGUCUUUGGAGGAAUUUUGAUGAUGAAAAGAAAUAUACAUACACAUGUUUACAUUGGCACCAUGACUUGGUUAUGGAUUUGGCCUUUUCAGUGACAGGCAGCAGUCUUCUGAGUGGUGGCCGUGAAUCUGUCCUCGUGGAGUGGCGCGAGGUGACAGAGAAGAAUAAGGAGUUCCUCCCCCGUUUAGGAGCUACUAUUGAACAUAUCUCAGUAUCUCCAGCAGGGGAUUUGUUCUGUACUUCACACUCCGAUAACAAGAUAAUAAUUAUUCAGCGAAACCUUGAGGCAUCCGCAGUAAUUCAAGGCCUAGUGAAAGACAGCAAAAUCUUUACUGGUUUGAUGAUUGAUCCAAGAACUAAAGCUUUGGUUUUGAAUGGGAAACCUGGCCACUUGCAGUUUUAUUCUCUUCAAAGUGAUAAACAGUUAUACAAUUUAGAUAUUAUACAGCAAGAAUAUAUCAAUGAUUAUGGUCUGAUCCAAAUUGAGCUAACAAAGGCUGCAUUUGGCUGCUAUGGUAAUUGGCUCGCAACGGUGGAACAACGUCAAGAAAAGGAAACUGAGCUUGAAUUGCAAAUGAAACUGUGGACAUAUAAUAAAAAAACACAAGGGUUUGUUCUUAAUACAAAAGUUAACAUGCCACAUGAAGACCACAUCACAGCUCUCUGUUUCUGUAAUGCAGAAAAAUCUGAAAAUCCCACUUUGGUUACAGCAAGUAAAGAUGGUCACUUCAAAGUAUGGAUAUUAACAGAUGAUUCUGAUAUAUAUAAAAAGGCUGUUGGCUGGACCUGUGAUUUUGUGGGCAGUUAUCACAAAUACCAAGCAACUAACUGUUGUUUCUCUGAAGAUGGCUCUUUACUAGCAGUUAGUUUUGAGGAGAUAGUUACAAUAUGGGAUUCAGAGACAUGGGAGCUUAAAUGUACAUUUUGUCAACGAGCAGGGAAAAUAAGGCACCUUUGCUUUGGGAGAUUGACUUGUUCAAAAUAUCUUCUUGGUGCCACUGAAAAUGGCAUUCUCUGUUGUUGGAAUCUGCUGAGUUGUGCAUUGGAGUGGAGUGCAAAAUUAACUGUUAGAGUUAUGGAACCUGAUCCGAAUUCCGAGAAUAUUGCUGCAAUCUCUCAGUCUUCUGUGGGUUCAGACUUGUUUGUAUUUAAACCUAGUGAGCCAAGGCCAUUGUAUAUUCAAAAGAAUAUCUCCAGAGAGGAAGUCCAGUGGGGAGUGUUUGUUCCACGAGAUGUCCCUGAAUCAUUCACCUCAGAAGCUUACCAGUGGCUGAACAGAUCCCAGUUUUACUUCCUAACAAAAUCACAGAGUUUAUUGACACUCAGUACAAAAUCUCCAGAAGAAAAGCUCACACCAACAAGCAAACAGCUAUUAGCAGAAGAAAGUCUUCCAACAACCCCAUUCUAUUUCAUAUUGGGUAAGCACAGACAGCAACAGCAAGAUGACAGAGUAAAUGAAGCUUUGGAGAAUGAACUGGUACAACUACCCUUAACAGAAAACAUACCUGCAAUUAGUGAGCUUCUUCACACUCCAGCCCAUGUCCUACCAUCUGCUUCUUUCCUGUGCUCCAUGUUUGUAAAUUCGUUGCUGUUGUCUAAGGAGACUGAGAGUGCUGAAGAAGCUCCUGAUGAUGUAGAUAUGGAAGAAGAAAAAGAAAGUGAUGAUUCAGAUGAAGAAAACAAUUACACUGAAAAUGUCCAGGAUACAAAUAACACCGAUUUGGGAGAAGACGUUAUACAUCAGUUGUCAAAAUCCGAAGAAAAGAAACUGAGAAAAUUUAGGAAAGUAGACUAUAGCUGGAUAACUGCCCUUUAAGUCUUGCGGAAUGGGGAGAGGGAAGGUUUUUGCAUGUUCGUUUUUGUGGGGGUUUAUUCGUUUUGUUUUUUUUUUUUAAUUGUAUGUUGAUAGUCCAAAAAUCUAUUUUAAUGUUAUUUCUGUUCUUAAAAUGUUAAAUAAGACAGGCUUUAUUUUUUAAAUAACUACUAAUGUAAAACUAUAUUUACAUCAUGUUUUAUACUUGCUGCAUACUUCAUUUAUACAUCAUUCCAUUUUUCUUUAAAGUAGCUAUUUUCUUCAUAGGUGAUUUAGCAGAGCUGGGACUUGAAUUUACACAGCAUAAGUCCCCUUAUCUGUAAUUUGGAGAUAUAAGAUGUUUGUAAAGUCAAAAUUUUGUUGAUGAUACUGUUUUUAAGUUCAAUCUGAUUUUCAUGACAGCCUUGGCAGAUAAGAAGAGACGGUAUUACUCCGGGGCAGUGUUAAGCCUUUGUAUAGCAAGUCUGAUAACAACUACUUUUUAACCACAGUCCCAUUGGUAGUAGAAAAGAAUGCAAGAUUCUUUUGUAUUACCUUAAAGUAAUAAAGUUGAACAUUUUCAUCA